ACAAAAGUUGUAUUCAAAUGUUUAUUUGAUACCCGAGGGACACAUUUCACUUUACGUCUGGCAAGUAGAGGUUCUAGAGAUUUUACAUAUGCUUUUGUUGACGGGAAAUUAUUUUUUGUUGUUGUUGGUGAAGCUGGGUGUCUCGGGGGAUAACGUGGAGAUUGAGAAACACUGUGAGAUGGGCCGUAAACUGUUGGAAUCUGGUCAACUUGCUGGGGCCCUGUCCCACUACCACUCUGCAGUGGGAUCAAUUUCCUCCUGCAAUGAAAUGGUUCAUAUCAAGAUCCAAUAUCUCUACCUGACCUACUAUGAGCGGGCAGCUGUGUUUCUGGCAAUGGGGAAGUCCAAGUCAGCCCUGUCGGACCUGACCAGAGCUAUCCGACUCAAACCAGAUGACCUCAUUGCCAGACUGCAGAUGGGGAAUAUCUUCCUAAAGAUGGGCAACACCCAGAAGGCCCGGGAGAACUUUCAGGCUGUGCUGCAGCGCUCCCCUGACCAGGAUGAGGCGCGGCACCAGCUGAUGAGGGCCAACGAGCUGGAGGAGCUGCAGGAAAAGGCCCACGCGACCCACCACAGAAGAGACUACAGGACCACCAUCAAUGUGUUGGAUUGGGUUUUAGUGCUGUCCCCCUGGGACCCUGAGUCUCUGGAGCUCCGGGCUGAAUGCUACAUCCACCUGGGAAACACCAGGAAGGCCAUCCAGGACCUGACUCCCACCGCCUGGCUGAGGAAUGACAACCGUGCUGCCUUCCUCAAGCUCAGUACCCUGCACUAUAGCCUGGGGGAGAACAAGAAGUCAAUAGCUCACGUCCGGGAGUGUCUGAAGCUGAACCAGGAUGACAAGAAGUGUUUGUCCCACUUCAAACAGGUGAAGAAGCUCAUCAAGCAGCUGGACUCUGCCGAGGAGCAUAUCAAGGAGGAGAGUUAUCAAAUGGCCAUAUCCAACUAUGAGUCAGUGAUGAAGACAGAACCUAAUGUCCCCUACUACACCAAUAAGGCAAAAGAGAGGAUCUGCUUCUGCCUGGUCAAGGAAAAGAUGGCUGCUAAGGCAAUAGACAUCUGCUCUGAUGCCCACCAGAGAGAUCCACGCAACAUCAACAUCCUUCGAGACAGAGCUGAGGCCUUCAUCCUCAACCGGGACUACGGUGAAGCGGUGGAAGACUACGAGGAAGCGAUGGAGUUUGACAUGGAGAACAAUGAGAUCAGGGAUGGUUUAAAGCGAGCCCAGGAGCUGCUCAAGUUCACCCCAAAGAAAGACUAUUAUAAGAUCCUAGGUGUCGAAAGGAGUGCCAACAAAGAGGAAAUAAUCCAUGCAUACAGGCAGCAGGCCAAAAAGUGGCAUCCUGACAAGUACAGAGUGGAUUGUGAGAGGAGAAAGACAUGGAAAAGGUUCAUUGACAUCACCUCUGCAAAAAAGGUGCUCACCGACCCAGAAAUGCGGAAGAAGUUUGACUCGGACGUUUGAUCCCUGGACCCACCUCUCUUCAGGACCUGGGGACUGUGAAGAGGCCUCUGAUUGCAUGUCUUCUGUUGUACUGAGUGUCCGACCUGUGGACCAACGGCUUAAACAGACAGUUUGGUACAUUUUAACGCAUCAACACCUCAACACAAAGACCAAUAGUUGCGAUACAGUCAAUCUCUCCUCAACUUUGAGCCUGGAGAGACUGACAUGCGAACCACUGACAUUUGCCCUCUGUGUACAUCGAAGUGCAAUACGUACCGCUCUGUUCUGGACCAACUGGAAUUUUUCACCAGAGUGGUCAAAGACACAAAGUCCUGUAUAGGUGUGCUGUUCAGUCCUCCCAUCUAGACCCAGGCUGUUCAUGCUGUCAUUACAUUCCUCAAACGACCCAUGUUGUUGUUCUUUAGGAUGUUGGUCUGCUACUUUUGCUUUGUGGUUGUGCCAUUUUCUUCCGCCUCAUUCUUCCUCGAAGGGCUUGUUUUGGUAGCAGCAUAGCAUGUUUUGGUUUUUGCUCUGCUAGAAGAGCCCGGGUGCUGAACUGUUUCUCCAUUUAUUUAAUAACGCUAGGCCAAGCUCAAGUCGCAUAAAAGCAGAUUCAGAAUGACACCCAAGCUAUUCAAACAGAUUAUAAUCAGAGAUGCUUUCAGAAUGUUUUAUACGAGAUGUUUGUUCUCUUCACCACACAAACAAUAUUAAGUGUCUGUUCUGUUUGUUAUAUUUCUAUCUGCGAAGUUUUCAACGUUCUCCGCUGAUUAUACCCUUGAAUCUACUUAAUUGACACAACAGGUGUUGUGAAAUAUUUAGUGACUUAAUCCUUCCUGGUUGUGUAUCCAAUCACCAUAGAGAAUGAUAGAUGCCUCUAGUUGCCAAAAGGCAGUUUUAGCGUUGGCCAUUUGGGGACCAUUUUAAUGUAGUCAAAUGGGUGGGACUUUCAACUUCGUUGGCUGAACCCUUCCGAUGACCUGGUUGGAGUGGAAUCAAAUCAAAUGUUAUUGGUCACAUUCACAUGGUUAUCAGAUGUUAAUGUGAGUGUAGGGAAAUGCUAGUGCUUCUAGUUCCAACAGUGCAGUAAUAUCUAUCAAGUUAUCUAACAAUUCCCC